GUUUGGGGUCAGCACUGGGCCACUGAAGAUAACAUGUCCUAUGGCAGAUGCACUGUUCCCUAAACACAGGUAGUCCUUCACUUAUAACCAUUCAUUUAGCAACCAUUUGAAGUUACAGCGACAGUGAAAAAAAUGACUUAUGAAGGGUCUCCACACUUUUAAUUUAUUUAUUUAUUUACAUUUAUAUCCCACCCUUCUCUGAAGACUCAGGGCGGCUUACAUUGUGUAAGGCAAUAUUUUCAUCCAUUUGUAUAUUAUAUACAAAGUCAACUUUUUAUUGCCCCCAACAAUCUGGGUCCUCAUUUUACCUACCUUAUAAAGGAUGGAAGGCUGAGUCAACCUUGGGCCUGGUGGGACUUGAACCUGCAGUAAUUGCAAGCAGCUGUGUUAACAACAGACAGACUUAGUCUGCUGAGCCACCAGAGGCCCUUACUUACGACUAUUUUUUACACUUAUGACAUCAUCCCCAUGAUUAUGCAAUCAAAAUUCAGGGGCUUGGCAAUUGACUCGUAUUUAUGACAGUUGCAGUGCCCCAAGGUCAUGUGAUCCCCCCUUGGGAUCUUCUGACAAGGAAAGUCAAUGGAGAUUCACUUAACAAGUAUGUUACUAAUAACUGCAGGGAUUCACUUAACACCUGUGGCAAGAAAGGUCAUAAAAUGGGGCAAAAUUCACUUAACAAAUGAUUCUCUUAGCUACAGAAAUUUUGGCCUCAAUUGUAGUCCUAAGUUGAGGGACUAUCUGUAAUGUAUCUUUAAAGUUUUGGAGGGAAAUUUGGGCCAUCAGGAAGGCCCCAGCUCCCCAAAAUAAAACGGAGUUACAGGCCUUCUUAGGACUUGUCAACUUCUAUGCGGUAUUCUUAAAGAACAAGGCAACUAUAGCCGAACCGCUACACAAAUUACUAGCAAAGAACGCUGUUUGGUCCUGGGGGAAGGCAGAAGCUAAGGCAUUUGAAGAGGUGAAAAACCUUUUGUCCAGCGAUAGCCUCCUUAUUCAAUACAAUGGCACGUUGCCAUUAGUACUAGUUUGUGAUGCAUCUCCCUAUGGGGUGGGGGCUGUGCUCAGCCACAGAUUGCCAAAUGGAACAGAAGCCCCUAUAGCAUAUUAUUCCCGAACAAUGUCCUCGGCCGAGAGGAACUAUAGCCAGCUAGAUAGGGAAGCAUUGGCUAUAGUCUCCGGGGUUAAGAAAUUCCACGAAUAUGUAUUCGGACGAGAUUUCGAAAUAGUCAUGGACCAUAGACCCCUACUGGGCCUAUUGGCGGGCGACAGCCCAACACCCGUUGCACUUUCGCCCAGACUGACCCGAUGGACUAUCUUCCUAGCGGCAUACUCUUACAAAUUGCUUCACCGCCCAGGAAAGGACUUAGGGCAUGCGGACGCUCUGAGUAGGUGCCCGUUACCAGAGACUAUCGAAGACCCAACCCCGGGGACACCCGUCCUGCUAAUUGACUCUUUGGACUCUGGCCCAGUCACAUCCAAGGAGGUGGCUAGGGCAUCUUACAAGGACAUUACAAUAAGGACUGUAAUUGGUUGGGUACAAAGGGGAUGGCCCGCUGCGCCGGGCGAGCGUUUCAAAGACUUUGUGAAAAAACGAGCGGAACUAUCGGUUCAAGGGGGGUGUCUGUUAUGGGGGGAUAGGGUGGUGAUCCUGGAGAAAUUACGAAAAAAUGUAUUGGAACUUCUGCAUGUGGGCCACCCGGGGAUCGUGAGAAUGAAGGGUUUAGCGAGGAGCUAUGUGUGGUGGCCCUUGAUGGACAAGGAAAUUAGCGACAGGGUAGGGAAAUGCCAAUCCUGCCAAGAGUCAAGGCCACUACCCCCUACAGCCCCAAUUAGAGAGUGGGAGAAACCCCAGGGGCCAUGGUCUAGGAUUCACAUCGAUUUUGCCGGCCCAUUCCACGGGCAAACCUUUUUAAUAGUAGUAGAUGCCUACUCAAAAUGGCUAGAAAUCAUCCUCAUGAGAUCCACGACGGCCGAGGCAGUUAUCUCAGUCCUGAGGCACCUAUUUGUAACCCAUGGGUUGCCCGACACCCUAGUUUCCGACAACGGCCCGUAAUUCACGGCAACCCAGUUUGAGGGGUACUUGGCGGAGGAGGGCAUCAGACAUGUCCUCUCGGCACCUUUCCACCCGGCGACGAACGGACUUGCAGAACGUUUCGUUCGGAGUGCCAAAGAAGCGCUAUCGAGGAUAAGGCCAGGCGAUUGGCAAACAAAAAUCGAUACCUUUUUAGCAGUCCAACAUAGAACCCCCUGUGUGACAACUGGCCGCAGCCCGGCGGAACUAUUGAUGGGUAGGAAGCUCAGGUGCCCGUUAGACCGACUAAACCCAACCUACACCCCAGAUGGGUACAAGGGGGCACACGGUAAAACUAGAGAAAUGACAGUGGGUGACCCAGUGUGGGCGCACAACUAUGGCGAGGGCCCAACAUGGUUAAAAGGGACAAUUCUUGGAAUAACCGGGCCGAAAUCAUAUCUAGUAGAUAUGGAGGAUGGCCGGGUCUGGAGACGCCACAUAGACCAAAUAAGAAAACGAAUAGCAAGUAAAACAGAAACAAAUCAGCCAGGCCCUGACUACCAAAUGUUUGAAUUCACAGCUGACUCAAACCCGGGGCGAACGGGGGACUUAUCUGAGUCCGAUGAAGUCCAGCGACACCAACCGGUUCCUCCUGAAGACAGCAGGGACGACUCUGCCAAUAAUCCAGGGCUGGAUGGCCCAGAGGAGGAGCUGGGAGGAACUAACAGUCCCUCCGGCCAGCUCGACUCACUCCCAGAAAAUGAAUUGCGCAGGUCCGAAAGAGUUAGGAGACGCCCUGUCUACUUGCGUGACUACGUAGAGAAAUAAGAUGCUAAUUUUAUGUAA